GUGACGCGGCCUGCCGUGAGCGGGCGCUGGGAAGGGCCGGGGCGGGGUUGCGCCGCGCCCGCCUCCCCCCUCGCUCGCUCCGUCGCUGCCGCUGCGGGUGGCGGCGAGCCGGAGGCCGAGCGAAGAUGGCGAAGACCUACGACUAUCUGUUCAAGCUGCUGCUGAUCGGCGACUCGGGCGUGGGCAAGACCUGCCUGCUGUUCCGCUUCAGCGAGGACGCCUUCAACACCACCUUCAUCUCCACCAUCGGAAUCGACUUUAAGAUCAGAACAAUAGAAUUGGAUGGAAAGAAAAUCAAGCUACAAAUAUGGGAUACAGCAGGCCAGGAGAGAUUUCGCACAAUUACAACAGCUUACUACAGAGGAGCCAUGGGAAUUAUGCUGGUGUAUGACAUCACAAAUGAAAAGUCUUUCGACAACAUAAAAAACUGGAUAAGAAACAUUGAGGAGCAUGCCUCUUCAGAUGUAGAGAGAAUGAUCCUCGGUAAUAAAUGUGAUAUGAAUGAAAAAAGACAAGUCUCAAAAGAAAAAGGGGAGAAGUUAGCAAUUGAUUAUGGAAUCAAAUUUUUGGAGACGAGUGCAAAAUCCAGCAUAAAUGUGGAAGAGGCGUUUUUCACACUUGCACGGGACAUUAUGACAAAGCUCAACAGAAAAAUGAAUGACAACAGUUCAUCAGGGGCAGGUGGGCCAGUAAAAAUAACAGAAAAUCGAUCUAAGAAGAGCAGCUUCUUUCGAUGCACGCUACUUUGAUGAACUUCUAAUGAUAGACUGCAGCACACUUAGAACCUUUUCUGCUUCUCUGAAAGCACAGGGUCACAAAGCCUCAGAAAUAAUACCACCAAGCUGCUGCUGAGAGCUCCAUUGAACGUAGACUGCGAUACACAAAAUACCAAGUGGAUUUUGCUCACUAAGCCUAUUGACCUGUCAGGCUCCUCUUUCUCAGAUAUGGAAGCUAUGAAGUGGAGACACAAAUGCAAGAGUUAACUUGUUUUCCUUUUUUACUUUCUGUUUUAUUGCCUGUUGCAAAAGCUGCUAUGUUUCUUUUAACUUUGCACAUCCAUAUUAGCCUCUUAUUGCCUGUUACAGCACAAUCUUACAUUUGUAUUUGCACAGUUUGACUUGUAAGAAAGAUUCUUAACAGAUUUGUGCAGGAUUUUCUUUUUUUAACAAAUUUAUUAUUUUAAAGCAGAAGAGCCAGGAACAGAUUAAGUCUUAUUUCCACUAGUCUUUGCUGUAUACAUGUGGCUAUGACUGCAGUAUGGAUGUUGACACUCUAGUGAUGAGUAUUAUAGGAACAAUUGGCAUUUAACAAUUUGUAUGUUUUUUUCUUAGAUGCACAAAUCUGUUUAUGCAGAAGCUGUGGCUUCUAUUCUGAAUGUAGUAUGUUGCUUUUCUUUCUUUUCCAGACUUAGCAAAGUUGUGUUCUGAAUUGCCAGUCACUGUCUGAUUCACAGAUGCACCUUUCAGUUAUUUGAAUAAACACAGUGUCUUUCCUCACUUAACUUCCCUUUGUUAGCUCAAACUGUCUGCACCUUUUUUUGCUCCUGAUGAGGAAGUACACUCUGGAGUCGAAAUCGUCAUCACAAAUUGGCCUCAUCGCUAUCACUUAAGUGGCUUGCGGAAAUUGAAUGCAUGAGUUUUGAGUAACCUCUUUGUGGAUUCAUUUGUUCAGAAAUGACUGUUUCUAAAGGUGACUUCCAUUUGUACUGUAAUUCUAAGGAUAGUCUGUUAAGGUCUGUAAGCAUCGACCCUUGACAACAGAGGCAUACAAAAACUAGCUUCCUGUGCAGUUGCUAAAGUUUAUCAAGUUCUGCCACUAAGGAAAGGGUCACGCUAGGGUUAUAAUGUAGUAUUUGUUCUGCAGUUAAUGUUGAAUGUGUGAAGCCCUCUUUGGUCUGCUCAAACUGUCAAAUUAUUUUAUCAUCAAAAACUGGUACAGUGACCUAGCCUGUUAGAAGCAGAGUUGAAACUUAGUUGCCUUUCUACUCAAUUGAGCGUUGUAUAACCUAAUCUUUGUUUUACCACUUUUUUAAAUGUGUUCUGAAAAUUUUCCUGAGUAAUUAAAACAGGUGCUUUAGUUUCUGUUGAUGUGCCAAACUUGGACCAUUGUAAGCUUUACCUACAGGUUUGUGUCCAGCUUGUUUGUUAGUAGGGGAUAGGUGGAUUCUGUUGUUGUCAAAGUAAGGUCUCUGACGUGCUUGCUUUUGCUCCACUAUGUUGUCUAGAGUAGCAAUCAGUGAGUUGGUUGUUACCACAGAAUAGCUCUGCUCCAGUUCGUGGCGUUGGGUACUGAAUUUUUCAUCUCUGGGUCUGCUGUAAAUAUUUUGAAAGAGAAUGGGCCAAUAGCAUUAAAUUUAAAGACUUUUGAUUUGAAAAGCUUUAUUAGUAGCAGGUUCCAUAAAGUUAUAAAGUUUUAAGUGGCUUUCUAUCAACCUGUCCCCACAUGUAGUUUAAUUGAAGUGGUGGUUGUAACUAGAUUGUGACUCUCGCAACUUGCUGUUGCUGCACUAAAACAGAAAAAUCUUCAUGGCAACAAGGUUUAGUGGAAAAACAAAGCAACCCUAACUGCUCUGUUGUCUGCCCUUGAUGUUUUUCUUGGACAGGCUAAAGCAGUUAUGUUUUCUGUAUGGUUUAAAAAAAAAAGUGCUUUCUAUACAGAAAGUGUUGUGACACCAAUUAUGAAUGUUGUUUAUUUUCAGUAAUUUACCUCUGACUUAUUUGGUGUCGUAAUACUUUGAUUUUUAUCUCAGGGGUUGUUUGCAAACCAAAACUGACAUGUUCUGCGUUUGGCAACGUUUACAGAAUGCUUUGUAUUGUUUUUCCUGUCCUAUCUGUGUAGCUAAAUGUACCUUCAAUAUUAGUCUCCAUGAACUUCCCUUUGAAAGAGCCUGUAAGUAGUAGAGUCUAUGAAGUGCUUCUUGAAGCAGCAGCGAAUGGGGGUAUCUGCUCUGUAUUUAAAACAAACAAAAAAACUUGCUAUUUUCUUACAUUUAGCUAUGCUAAACUGUACAUAAAUGUGAGGUAAGACCAUAGGAAAUUCACUUUAUGCAUGAUAAAAUAAUGCAGUCAGUAUUUCCCUUUGCUUAAUGUUCAUGUAAAGUUAAUCUUUUUCUAUUUGUAGAAGAACUUAGUGCAAUUUUGUUGUCCCCUGCUGAAACUGAAGAAAUCUAAUUUCAUGUCUUAUGGAUAAGGUAAAAUGCAGAUUUCUCUCCUCCUCUCUUGUUUUGUCUUGUUUUGCUCCCACCCAUGUUCUCCAACAGUAUUAAAUGGCUGAGUGGCUGCACCUUACCAGUGUGCUAAUUUUUGGUCAGUAUAGACCUCUUUCUGUGUACAGUCUGGAUUGUCAGGCAUUGAAAAAUGUGCUGUAUCUUAGCGUGCAAAUCAAUUGUAUGUUUUACUGGGAACUUUUUAAGCUAUAUUUUGCUUUAGGCAAGUGGAAGAUGAUAAAUGAUAUGUUCUGCCUAGGCAUCAGAUACUGGGUACUACAGGCUUUUCUGAUAGCAGUAUGAUCGUUUUGUGCAGUCUUUGUUGCAGCUUUGCUCAAGACUAUAUAAUCUGAACUUUGAAGGACUCUUAACUAUACCUCAGUCAACUAGCUACUAUUCUAAUGGACAUUAGAAUGAAAGUCAUGCAAUUAUUAUUCAUUAAGCAGCAAAUGUAAUUGCAGUUAUUAUUCAUUAAGCAGCAAAUGUAUUUCUGUCUUGCUCCAAAAAUUGUCAUCAACUUUUUAGGAAAGGCAGACUUUUUUGGUGGAUUUUGAUAAAACAAAGCUGCCGUUUAUGCUGUUGAUUUCUAUUUUUAUGAAACCUUUCCCUCUGCCCCAUGUCUGUGCAAUGUAUCUUGACCAAGUUUUUUCCUAAAUGGUUUAAAAAACAAAAGAAAAAAUGGUCUCAGUGCUUCUCAACCUUAGCUUUCAGUCUGUGCUCAGCAAAACAUGCGCAAAGUGUUUUUGUUGAGUAGAUACAGAAUAUCUGAUUUAGUUAUUAAUUGUCCUGAUGUUCUAUUAUUGUAUUAUUGUUAAAACAUAAACCACUCAUGAAACCUAAUGCAACUCACUUGGGGGGGGGGGGGGCGGCAGGGGAGGGUUCUCAGAAAUGCUAAUUGGUUUUUCAGACAUGCAGGUUGUUUUUUGGUGUUUUUUUAAGCAAAAUGUAUUUCACAAGUACAUUUCCCCUCCUGGUCUGCUAAAGUCAAGUGAAUCAAGUCAAUCGUUUUUGCAGUUGAAAAUAGUCUGGAAUACACAUACUGUGUUAAAAAUUGUGAAUGGAUAAUGAUUUGAAAGCUACAUGAAUAAUAUGUAAAAUGCAUAAGUGUGUUAUUUGUGGAAAUGCAUCUGUUAUCUGUUUAUAUAUAAAUGUAACUGAAAUUUUGCAAAGUUAAACUUACUAAGGUUUAGCCUGUAGAUGAUAGGUCAUUUUUUCCUCCGUUCACUGAACUGCUUGUGCCACUCUUGUUCUUAUAAAUAAAACUUGUAUUUCUCCCUGCCACAAAAGCAGGAUUUCCAUUAAUUUUAUUUCCAGUGAAUUUAAGUAUUUUAGUGUAUUCCUAUGGCCUUACAAACAUUUUUCAAAUAAAACUUCAAUUACAAUUAUUUUAAUGUUAUAUAGCUACUAAAUUCAGACUAAAAAGUAUAGCCCUUGAAAAAAAUGCUUAAUUUUGAAAUAGGAUUGUUCUACCAUGUGUGUUUAAGCACAUUUUAUCUCUGCUCUAAAGGUGUAAUAUGAAAAGCUCCUGCAGAUAAAGUGAACUGGCUAUGUCAUUAACUUGUAAACCUAAUCAUUAAUUGUGUAUUGAUAAUAUGUAUAGACAAAAAUAUCCCAAACUCCCCCAAAACAACAAACUCAGUGGUUUUAUUAUUCCAUGCAAACUUUUUUACAACGUGUCUCAAAUAAAAGUUACAUAAUGAAAAGUA